AUGAACGGAUCAACAGAUAAUACAGGCUGGCUUAGUGAUGAGCCAGAUGUUGAUGGGGGGUCUCAACCGAAGCAGGAACAAUUGGGAAUAGGAAUGUCUGCAACGGCCGGAACGGUCGACAACAAGGGGAAGUUGCCGGAGAGCACCGGUACUAAGAAUUCUGCUCAAGAAUUGGGUAGCUUGUGUACAGCUGAUACAGAAUUGGAGGCCGCGCUAAAGCGGUUCGAGCAGAAAAGAACUGAGACUGAUCAGAAGGCUAGAAAAGCCAAAGGCCCCACGGGGAUUGAUUGUGUUGUGAACACAAGAAUAAUUGUGGUAGAACUGGACAAUUGCUUAAACAAAAAACAUGGCUUCUUCUUAGUCAUAAACCAUGGAGUUAGCAAAGAGCUUAUCAGUGAAGCUCAGAAGAACAUGGACUUGUUUUUUGAUAUGCCAUUGAAAGAGAAACAGAGAGCUCAAAGAAAAGUUGGGGAAUAUCAUGGGUAUGCUAGUAGCUUUACUGGUAGGUACUCUUCCAGGCUUCCAUGGAAAGAAACUCUUUCUUUUAGAUAUUGCGAUGACGGUGGAUCAUCAAACGUGGUUGGAGAGUACUUGGUUGGCACAAUGGGUGAAGAUUUUAGACAAUUUGGAAGGAUAUACCAAGAUUAUUGUGAAGCAAUGAACAUUCUUUCACUUAGGAUCAUGGAGCUAUUGGGGAUGAGCCUAGGAGUGGGCCCAACCUAUUUAAGAGAAUUCUUUGAAGGAAAUGAGUCAAUAAUGAGACUAAACAACUACCCCCCUUGUCUUAGAGCUCAUGAUACUCUUGGAACUGGUCCCCAUCGUGAUCCAAACUCGCUCACUAUCCUUCAUCAAGACAAUGUUGGUGGGCUUCAAGUGUUUGUUGAUCAACAAUGGCACUCCAUUCUUCCCAAUUCACAAGCUUUUGUUGUCAACAUUGGAGACACAUUCAUGGCUCUAUCAAAUGGAAUUUACAAGAGUUGCUUGCAUAGAGCAGUGGUAAACAAACAAGUUCCAAGGAAGUCUCUGACCUUCUUUUUGUCUCCGAACAUGGACAAAGUGGUGAGUCCACCUAAUGGAUUGGUCAAUAGUCAUAAUCCAAGGAUAUAUCCAGACUUCACUUGGCCAACUCUUCUUGAAUUCACUCAGAAGCAUUACAGAGUUGACAUAGAUACCAUUGAUGUCUUCUCAAAUUGGCUUCAAUGCAAAACCAACUGA